CAUCCAGAAAUGAAGAAAAACAGCUGAAUCACCAACCGCAGCAAGAACUAUUUCUGCCUCUUCUUCGACGCAUUCCCUCUCCCCGCUCCCUCUCUCUCUCCCCGCAAACGACCAAUUCCCCUUUAUUUUCUCUCUCAUCAACAGACGAAGAGAGAGGGAGAGAAAGAGGGAGGGAGGGAGAGAGAACGUACAUCUCCGGAAACCCAGAAAGCCUGGGUUGUCUCACCGAAAGCAUCAAUGCCUGCACAGAAGCGUCACUCGCCGUCAGAGAAUCUUCUCAACGGCGACAGCUCUCUUCAGCAGCAGCAUCACCGUCGUCACCAGCAGUCGCGAUGGGAACGAGGAGCUGAACAAGAAGAAGAAGAAGAAGAAGAAGAAGAACAUGAAGGAGAAGGAGUAGAGCGAGAUCCAGACGACGAAGAAGUGAAAGAAGAAGAAGAUGACGAAGAAGAAGAAGAAGAGGAGGAUUCCGAUGGAAGCCGUUCGUCUGACGACCCUGCAAAACUACCCGAAUGGUUAAUUGUGCAUCUAUCAACUCUUCGUAGCUGUGUACAAUGUCCAAUAUGUCUAGGGAUCAUUAAGAAAACAAGAACUGUGAUGGGAUGCAUGCACCGUUUUUGUAGGGAGUGCAUUGACAAGUCAAUGCGCCUGGGGAAUAAUGAGUGUCCUGCCUGUCGUACACAUUGUGCCAGUCGACGUUCUUUGAGAGAUGAUCCAGAAUUUGAUGCCAUGAUUGAGAUCCUAUAUGAUGACAUUGAGAAGUAUGAAGAGGAGGAAUUGGCUUUUCAUGAAGAGGAGAAGACUCGCAACAAGCAGAUUCAAGCAUCAAUCGCCCAGAUUUCGCAGCGACAAUCAGAAGCACUCGUAACACGGCGCAAAGCGGGUAAAGAAGCAAGAUUACCACGCAAUAGUGGGAAUUCUUAUCCUAGAAGAAGAAGAAACACCAGGGGAACAGAGCCUGAAGGAUCUGAUGAUAACGAGGAUGAAAAUAAUCAUGAUGGGAACAAAGAUUCAUCAUCAUCUGAUGAUCGAGGAACGGAAACUAAGCGGAGGAGGUACAGGAAAAGGGCAGGGGCUCAGCCCUCCCAGCCUUCUCCCUCAGCUGCAAAUUCAGAAGGUGGAGCCAUUGAAAAUGAUUUAGAAGCAAGCAGAGAAAGUAAAGGUACUUCAUGUGGGCCUGUCAACCCAGAAAUGCUUGCUUGGGGAAAAGGGGGUGCUCGGAGCAAGAGUGUCCGGAACACCCGCAUAAUGAAGCUGACUAAAUAUCUUGAAAACUUGAAGGAGAAGGAUGACAAGUUAGAUGUCAAUCUCAUGCUUAUUUCUUUGGAGAAACAAAGAAUGCAAGGUUUGCGGCACCUCUACCUCUGUUGCCCACCAGGCUUUUCAGUUGAAUGCCUCAAGGAUUAUGUUGCUCAUGAGACCCAAUUACGGACUGAAGAUAUUGAAAUACUAUUGGUGAAGAAGCUCUUCAGUCCCAACGGUUUUCAGACCACUGUUGACCCUUCAACCUUAAUGGACAACAACGAUGUGCUGCAAAUUGUUGGAGGGCAAGAAACUUUGGCAGGAAUCAGACCAGAUUGUGCUUCAAAUAGAAACCAUUUGGUUCUGGCAUAUCGACUCAAGGAGAGAUACGACUGUGAACCCAAAGCGGGCCUUUAGUAGAGGACCACACCAUGUCUGGAAAAGAAGAAGAUGUAACGACGUGUAGCCUGAUAUGUGUGCUGAGUUUUUAGAUAAUAUGCUGCCUGUAAAUUGCUAAGGAAUGAGGAAAAAGAGGGGAGAAACCUUUAGCUGGUUAUGUAUGUGUUCAAAUCUAUGGAGUUAGGAGUUACUUGGACUUGUACAAUGGAUCCAACCCUCUAAAAAGGGUUUGAUUCCGUUUUUCUUUUUGGUAAACUGAUUCCAAAAUUCCUUUUUAGGAAUACAAGCUUGUACAUGCAGGUGCACUAUAUUUGUUUUUAUAUUUUUUGGAAAAGUAGAAAUGAAGAAAUAUGGGUCUACAAA